AUGGAAUUCCCUCAGCUAGGCCAACACUGCUCAGCUAAAGGAUGUAAUAAACUCGACUUUCUGCCGAUGAAAUGUGACGCAUGCAGUGCUAUUUUAUGUAAAGAUCAUAUAAAAUAUGAUGAACAUCAAUGUUCGUCGUCAUAUCGUAAAAAUGUUCAAAUACCCGUCUGUCCACUCUGCAAUCAACAUGUUCCAUACGAAUAUCGGGAUCAAUCGCCAGAUCGUGCUGUUUCUGCUCAUAUAGAUCGUGAUUGUCGAUCACGUAAACGUGAAAAAGUCUAUGCAAACAAAUGUUCUGUCGCAUCAUGUAAACAACGUGAAGCUAUUCCAGUUAAUUACUUCCAGCACCAAUCACCAGCGAAACAGAAGAAACAAGAAGAAGAUGAUUAUGCGCUCGCUAAAGCAUUGCAAGAAAGUGAACGACAAGAAUUGCAGAGAAUUCGUCGAAAUCAAACGACUUCGACGGCAGCAACAGCGAAUACUAGCACAUCUUCGACAGAUAAUAGAAGUUGUUGUGUUCAAUAA